CCCCAGCAUCCCCCGCGGCGAAGCUGGGUGCCGCGGGGAGUCUGGCCACCAUGCCACCUCCUCUCCUCCUCUUCUUCCUCCUCUUCCUUACCCCCACGGGAGGCAGAUCCCAGGAAGCACUGCUGGUGGAGACUAAAGAGGGAGACAAUGCUGUGCUGCCGUGCUUCAGUCCCUCAGAUGGUCCCCCUCAGAAGCUGGCCCGGUAUAAGGAGGCAGAAGCUUUCUUACAGCUGAGCCGAAAGUUACGAGACCUGAGCAUUCAGAAACGGCCCUUGGGCAUCAUGCUGCUCGUCUUCAACGUCUCUAACCAGAUGGGGGGCUUCUACCUGUGCCAGCCGGGGCCCCCUUCUGAGCAGGGCUGGCAGCCUGGCUGGACAGUCAGCGUGGAAGGCAGUGGGAAGCUGUUCCGGUGGAAUGCUUCAGACCUAGAUAACCCAGGCUGUGGCCUGGGCAAAAGUUCCUCAGAAGGCCCCAAGACCUCUUCUGGUCACCCUGCAAGCUCCCAGCUGUAUGAGUGGGCCAAAGACCAGCCUCGUAUCCGGGAGACAGCCCUUGAAUGUGCCCCAAAUAGGAGCAGUCUGAACCAGAACCACAGCCAAGACCUCACUGUGGCCCCCGGCUCCACACUCUGGCUGCCCUGCGGGGUGCUCCCUGAUUCCAUGGUCACAGGCCCCGUCUCCUGGAUCCACAUGCAUCCCGAGAAGACUGACUCAGUGCUGCACCUAAACAUGACGAAGGAUACCCAAGUCAGAGAGAUGUGGGUAUCGGGCACCCUCAGGGGAGGGGCUGUUCUGUUGCUGCCCCAGGCCACGGCUCAAGAUGCUGGCACCUAUCAUUGUUACCAUGGCAACACGACCAGGGAGGUGCACCUGAAGGUCACUGCUCGGUCAGCUGUGUGGCAUUGGCUGAUGGAGACUGGUGGCUGGAAAGUCCCUGCUGCAACUUUAGUUUAUCUGAUCUUCUGCCUGAGUUCCCUCGUGGGCUUCCUUCAUCUUCGAAGAGCCCUGAUCCUGAGGAGGAAAAGAAAGCGAAUGACUGAUCCCACUAAAAGGUUCUUUAAAGUGACGCCUCCCCCGGGAACCGGCGCCCAGAACCAGUAUGGGAAUGUGCUCUCCCUUUCCACGUCCUCCUCUGGCACGGGACGCGCCCUGCGAUGGGCUUCAGGCCUGGGGGCCACCGUCCCGCCCUACGGAAGCCCGCGCAGCCACGUCCAGGAGGCCAGAGCCGCCGGGUCCCGGAGCCCGCCUGGAGCGGGCCCAGAAGAAGAGGAAGGGGAGGCCUACGAGGAGCCAGACAGUGAGGAGGACUCCGAGUUCUAUGAGAACGACUCCAACCUUGGGCAGGACCAACUCUCGCAGGAUGGCAGCGGCUAUGAGAACCCUGAGGAGGGGGCCUUGGGUGCUGAGGAUGAAGACUCCUUCUCCAACGCAGCUGAGUCUUAUGAGAAUGAGGAUGAAGAGGUGGCCCAGCCAGUCACCAGGACAACAGACUUCCUGAGUCCCCAUGGGUCAGCCUGGGACCCCAGCAGGGAGGCAACCUCCCUUGGGUCCCAGUCGUAUGAGGAUAUGAGAGGGAUCCUGUAUGCAGCCCCCCAGCUCCGCUCCUUUCGGGCCCAGCCUGGUCCCAAUCAUGAGGAAGAUGCAGACUCUUAUGAGAACAUGGAUAAUCCCGAUGGGCCAGAACCAGCAUGGGAUGGAGGGGGCCACGUGGGGACCUGGAGCACCAGGUGAUUCCCUUCAGUUUUUUCUACCUAGCCUGGGCCUCUUCAGGCCCCUGAGAUCUACACCUGACUCUGAAAUCUGGGAUCCCAAACGGAUGGUGUCAACGUCUGGAACGAUGUGUGUACCUCUGUGUGCGUGUACAUGAGCAAAACUUCAGCCCCAUCUAUGGUCCCAAAUAAACUCAAUGAGCUCUUCCAA